AUGCAUACGUUUGCCGAUCCACUGGCGCGAGCAGUACAGGUAGCCGCUGGCAAAACAGCUGUUAUCGAUCAGGAUAAAACUUUUACCUACAGCGAGUUGCAGGAUCGCUGCGGGCGCCUGGUCAAAGGUCUAUAUGCGCUGGGUUUACAAAAGGGGGAUCGGGUGGCGAUCUGGGCCAACAACUGCCACCAGUACAUUGAAGCUUAUGUGGGUGUGCCCGCCGGUGGCCUGGUCAUUGUGCCUUUGAAUACGCGCCAUGCAGAACCAGAGCUGCGCUAUGCGUUAGAAGAUUCCGGCACCCGGGUACUGCUGACCGACAGGCCUGCUGAAGGUCUGCAGGACAUCGUUGAACAUGUCAUCAGCCUCGAUGACGCUUACGAAAAUCUGCUUGCCGCUGAGCCUGCUGCUUUAGGGGUUGGCGUGCAGGAAAAUGACCUGGCUGGAUUGUUUUAUACCGGAGGCACAACGGGCCAGUCGAAGGGGGUGAUGUUGAGUCACCGCAAUCUGAUUUCAAACACGUUUCACUGGCUCUCCUCUGCGCCGCAAAGUGAUCAGGAUGUGAUGUUGGUGAUGGCGCCGCUUUUUCAUGCGGCAGGCUCCAAUGGGGUGUUGUCUUCCAUCUGGACCGCCGGUGCUCAGCUGACCCUGGGUGCUUUUGCACCGGGAGAAGUGUUAGAUCUGAUUGAGCGUCACAAAGUGAGCAUGACGCUGGGUGUGCCGACCAUGCUUGCUGCCAUGGCAGAAGAACAGCAUGUGAACCCGCGUGAUGUGUCGAGCUUGCGGUCUAUCGGUCAUGGCGGAUCGCCUAUUGCAACCGAAGUACUGCGUCGUACCUGUACGGCUUUUCCCGGGGCAGAAUUGAUUGAAGUUUAUGGCGCUACAGAGUUGUCGCCGUUAACGACUACCUUGCGCAAUGAACAAAAUCUGUUGGGUGAUGAGCGUGCGCGAUCUUGUGGCCAAUCUAUUCCAGGUGUUGAUGUCAGAAUUCUGGACGAAACUGGCCAUGCCUUGCCUAGUGGAGAGAUUGGUGAAGUCGUGGUGCGUGGUCCCAAUGUCAUGAGGGGUUACUGGAAUAAACCUGAACAGACCGCAGCAGUGCUGAAAGACGGCGCUUACUGGACCGGUGAUCUUGGCUAUAUGGAUGAAGCUGGAUUUGUCUACCUGGUGGACCGCAGUAAAGACAUGAUUGUCACAGGUGGCGAAAAUGUGUACUGCACGGAGGUUGAAGAAGUGCUCUAUAAACAUGAAGCGGUACUGGAAGCCGCGGUUUAUGGCAUCCCUGACGAAAAAUGGGGCGAAGCAGUUUAUGCAACGGUGGUGCCGCGCGCCGAGCACAGCAAUAUUGACCCCGAGGACCUGUUGGCGUUCUGUCGCGAAUCCAUUGCCGGUUACAAAGAUCGCAUUAACAAAUUUGCCGACGCCACCCUUGACCAGCAAUGGAUCCAUGUUGACCCGGAGCGCGCAAAAAAUGGUCCCUUCGGUGCGCCAAUAGCCCACGGCCAGCUGACCAUGUCAAUUAUGAGCUUCCUGCCCGGUGGUAGUGGUAUUGGCUUGCCAGCGCUGGAAGGUAUGAAAAUGGGUAUUAACUAUGGUUGGAACAAGGUGCGUUUUAUGUCGCCGGUUGCUGUUGGACCGAUGCUGGAAGCGAUAAACGAGCUCACUGUCGAAAUUGAAGGCGUAUGUGUAGCGUCCCACAUUGGUGACACGGAUUAUGUUGUACGGGCUGAAGAGCUGGGUUACACCCAUGCGUGGCUCGCUGAUUCUCAGAUGUUGUGGUCAGAUUGUUAUGCAACGCUUGCGUUGGUUGCGCAUAAAACAUCACAUAUCCAGAUCGGUACUGGCGUUGCAGUCAGUGGCACCCGGCCCGCACCGGUCAACGCAGCAGCCAUCGCAACGAUCAAUGCGUUAGCGCCAGGCCGCACGUUUUUUGGUGUGGGUGCAGGUAAUACCGCACGCCGAGUGAUGGGGCUGCCGCCCCAGCGGAUCAAAGAGUUUGAAGCCUAUCUGCAGCAGUUGGUGCCUUUGUUGAAAGGUGAAGAAGCACUGUUGCCGGUAGGCAAAGAGCAGACGUCACCUAUUCGACAUAUCAUGCCGGACAAAGGCUUUGUCAAUUUCGCGGAUCCUAUUGCCCUGUAUGUAUCCGGAUUUGGGCCUAAGUCGCUGGCCCUGGCGGGAAAAUACGGAGACGGUGCCGUGCUGGCGCUGGUGGGUGAUCCCGGCGCCAUGUCGAGUGUCUGGCACAUGAUGCAGGCUGGUGCGCGUGAUGGUGGUCGCGAAAUAGCACCCCAGGGUGAUUUUUAUACCACCGCGCUAACCACUAUGGUUGUUCUGGAUGAAGGCGAGGCGCUCGACUCACCCCGAGUGAAAAGUGAGUGUGGCGCGAUGGCUAUGGCAACUGUGCAUUACGCUUAUGACCAGUUCCGUAACUUUGGCCAUCAACCACCCAAUGCCCUUGCCGGUAUCUGGGAUGACUAUACUAAACUGUUGGAGAGUUACCCCGCCGAGCGGCGACACCAGCGCAUUCACGCUGGGCAUAACUGCUGGGUGCUGGAGGAAGAAGAGCGUUUUCUCACGCCGGAAGUGCUGGCUGCAUCCAGCAUGAUAGGUACGCGCAGCGCACUGAUAGAACAGAUACAACAAUUGUCGGCAGUGGGUCUGGAACAGAUUAUGAUCCUGCCCAACUUUGAUACCCGCUACGAUGUGUUGGAGCGCGUGGCGCAGGACAUCAUCCCGAAUGUAUGA